AUGCGCCCUCAGCUCCAGGAGAUCCUGUUCGACUUCCUGCCCCUCAUGGCGUACGGCCUUCGUCGUCUCGCGGUCUUCCUAUCUGCUCUCUCCGUCGGCUUCUCUGCUCUCGCGGCGCCGCCGUACGCGUUCCCGGAUUGCACCACCGCACCACUCGUAAACAACACCGUUUGCGAUGUCACAAAAGACCCCGUCACUCGUGCUGCUGCUUUGAUCGACCUCUGGACCACCGAUGAGCUCGCGAACAACACCGUCAACUCCUCACCUGGUGUCCCUCGUCUCGGCUUGCCCCCAUACAACUGGUGGUCUGAGGCAUUGCACGGCGUUGCGGGUAGUCCUGGAGUCAACUUUAGCCAAUCCGGGGACUUCAGUUCUGCCACCUCCUUCCCUCAACCCAUCCUUAUGGGUGCCGCCUUCGACGAUCCUCUCAUCCAUGCAGUUGCAACCAUAAUAGGCACUGAAGCUCGCGCUUUCAGUAACAUCGGGCGUGCUGGUCUUGACUAUUGGACGCCUAAUAUCAACCCGUUCAAGGAUCCCCGUUGGGGCCGUGGCCAGGAAACCCCGGGAGAAGAUCCUUUCCACCUGGCCCAGUACGUCUACAACCUCAUCGUCGGCCUUCAAGGCGGCCUCGACCCCAAACCCUACUUCAAGAUCGUCGCCGACUGCAAGCACUUUGCCGCCUACGACCUCGAUAACUGGGAGGGGAUCCAGCGCUUUGGUUUCAACGCUAUCGUGACACAGCAGGACCUCUCCGAGUACUACCUCCCCCCUUUCCAGUCGUGCGUGCGCGAUGCCAAGGUCGCCAGUGUCAUGUGCUCGUAUAACGCCAUCAACGGUGUCCCAUCUUGCGGGAACAAAUUUCUGCUCCAGGACAUCCUCCGCGACACAUGGGGUUUCAACGACGAGCGAUGGGUGACCAGUGACUGCGAUGCAGUGGCAACUAUCUUUGUCGAACAAAACUACACCACAAACCCCGCGCAAGCUGCUGCUGACGCGCUCCUCGCUGGCACUGACGUCGAUUGCGGCACCUUCACAUCGACAUACCUCCCCGCCGCCCUCGACCAAGGAUUGAUCACAGUGGACGAUCUCAAGCAGGCUGUUACACGCCAAUAUGCCUCCCUUGUCCGCCUCGGCUACUUCGACCCGCCCGAAUCCCAGCCUUACCGCCAGAUCUCAUGGUCUGACGUUAACACACCGACCGCACUGCAGCUCGCACACACCGCUGCGGUCGAGGGGAUGGUCCUCCUCAAGAACGACGGCACGCUCCCGCUGUCCCCGCGCAUCCAGAAGCUCGCGCUCAUCGGCCCUUGGGUGAACGCCACGACGCUCAUGCAAGGCAAUUACUUCGGUGCAGCCCCAUUCCUCGUCAGCCCUCUCCUCGGCGCACAACAGGCCGGCUUUGACGUCGAGUUCGUACUGGGCGCGACCGUGAAGGGCAACGACACGAGCGGUUUCGCGGCUGCGGUCGCCGCCGCGAAGAGCGCGGAUGCGGUCAUCUUCGCAGGCGGUUUGGAUGAAACCCUUGAGGACGAGGCUUUGGAUCGACUGAACGUGACCUGGCCGGGCGUGCAGCUGGACCUCGUCGCGGAGCUCGAGAAGGUCGGGAAGCCGCUGAUCGUCGCACAGUUCGGUGGCGGCCAGCUGGACGACACCGUCUUGAAGAACAGUCAUGCUGUCGACAGGUUAAUGCAAUCAUCUGGGGUGGUUACCCAGGCCAGUCAGGAGGCACCGCCCUCUUCGACAUCCUCACCGGCAAGAUCGCGCCCGCGGGCCGCCUCCCGAUCACCCAGUACCCUGCCAAUACACGACGCAGCUGCCGAUGACCGACAUGUCCCUGCGCCCGCACGACGCCUCCCCCGGCCGGACGUACAAGUGGUACACGGGCACCCCGUGUUCGAGUUCGGAUUCGGCCUGCACUACACCACCUUCCACUUCGCGUGGGGCUCCGCGCUCAAGCCGACGUACUCGAUCAGCAAGGUGAUGGCGCAGGCCAAGGCAUCCUCGGCGGCGUUCACGGACCUCGCGACGUUCGACACGUUCCCGGUGCGGGUGACGAACACGGGGAAGACGACGAGCGACUACGUGGCGCUGCUGUUCGCGAGCGGGAGCUUUGGGCCUUCGCCGCGCCCUAACAAGUCGCUGGUGGCGUACUCGCGGGUGCACGGGCUGGCGCCGGGGAAGAGCGCGACGGUGGCGCUGGACGUGACGCUCGGGACGCUGGCGCGGGCGGACGAGGAUGGGGUGAAGUGGCUGUACCCGGGGACGUACACGCUGAAGCUGGACACGACGGGAGCGAUGAGCCACACGUUCGAGCUGACGGGCGAGAAGGCGAUGGUUGCGGACUGGCCGAAGGAGAGCUCGUGA